AUGUCUGGACCUGUCGCUCGCCUAGCGAACAUCAUUGUUGGCGGAGCUGUGAAGCCGGGCUCCCAGUCCCAAUCUCAAAGUCAGACAAGUGCUAACGAUGCCCCAAGCGCUGAUAUCGGCCUCAUCGGCCUGGCCGUCAUGGGUCAGAACUUGAUCCUCAACAUGGCCGACCAUGGCUUCACCGUCUGCGCCUUCAACCGUACCGUUUCCAAGGUCGACCAUUUCCUUGCCAACGAGGCCAAGGGCAAGUCGAUCGUUGGUGCCAAGUCCACCGAGGAGUUCGUCUCCAAGCUCAAGUCCCCCCGCCGCAUCAUGCUCCUCGUCCAGGCCGGCAAGCCCGUCGAUGACUGGAUCGAGACUCUCCUCCCCCUCCUCGAGAAGGGCGACAUCAUCAUUGAUGGCGGUAACUCUCACUUCCCCGACAGCAACCGCAGGACAAAGUACCUUGCCUCCAAGGGCCUCCACUUCGUUGGUUCCGGUGUCUCUGGUGGUGAGGAGGGUGCCCGCUACGGCCCUUCGCUGAUGCCCGGUGGUGACGAGGCUGCCUGGCCUCACAUCAAGGACAUCUUCCAGUCCAUUGCUGCCAAGAGCGAUGGCGAGGCCUGCUGCGAGUGGGUCGGUGACGAGGGUGCUGGCCACUACGUCAAGAUGGUCCACAACGGCAUUGAGUACGGUGACAUGCAGCUCAUCUGCGAGGCCUACGACAUUAUGAAGCGCGGUCUCGGCCUCUCCCACAAGGAGAUGGGUGAUGUGUUUGCCAAGUGGAACAAGGGCGUUCUCGACUCGUUCCUGAUUGAGAUCACCAGGGAUAUCAUGUACUUCACCGACGAUGAUGGCACUCCUCUCGUCGAGAAGAUUCUCGACAAGGCUGGCCAGAAGGGUACUGGCAAGUGGACUGCUGUCAACGCCCUUGACCUGGGCAUGCCUGUCACCCUCAUUGCCGAGGCUGUCCUUGCUCGCUGCCUGUCUGGCAUCAAGGAGGAGCGUGUCAAGGCCUCCACUAAGCUCGAGUUCGUUGGCCGUGCCAACAAGUUCGAGGGUGAUAAGGAGCAGUUCUUGGAGGACCUCGAGCAGGCUCUCUAUGCUUCCAAGAUCAUCUCUUAUGCCCAGGGCUUCAUGCUCAUGCAGGAGGCUGCUAAGGAGUACAACUGGAAGCUCAACAAGCCUUCCAUUGCCCUCAUGUGGCGCGGUGGUUGCAUUAUCCGCUCCGUCUUCCUGAAGGACAUCACCGCUGCUUACCGCAAGAACCCCGACCUCGAGAACCUUUUGUUCGACGACUUCUUCAACAAGGCCAUCCACAAGGCCCAGCCCGGCUGGCGUGAUGUCGUUGCCAAGGCUGCUCUCCUUGGUCUUCCCACUCCCGCUUUCUCCACUGCUCUGUCGUGGUUCGAUGGCUACCGCACCAAGGACCUCCCCGCGAACCUGCUCCAGGCUCAGCGCGACUACUUCGGCGCCCACACCUUCUUGGUCAAGCCCGAGUACGCCAACGAGAAGUACCCCGAGGGCAAGUACAUCCACGUCAACUGGACUGGCCGCGGCGGCAACGUUUCCGCUUCCACCUACCAGGCGUAA